ACCAUUUUGCCAGUCCAUAAUCGUAUAUGGUUCUGUACUACUAUAUUGGUUCUUUUUUAGCCGUUUACAGAAAAUCCAGACCAUGAAUCCAAACUUUGACACAAUAGGAAAAGGAUUCGUUGAUACAUACUAUACUCUAUUUGAUACUAAUCGAUCGCAGCUACAGCCAUUAUAUCGAGAUCAUUCUAUGUUAACAUUUGAAGGUCAGCAAUUCCAGGGAGCAAUCGCAAUUACUCAAAAGUUGGUGGCAUUGCCAUUUCAAGCAGUUAAACAUGUGCUUACCACAGUGGACUGUCAACCAAUUCCUAACAAUGGUGUACUAGUGUUUGUGGUUGGCCAAUUAAAGAGUGAUGACGACCAUCCACAUGGCUUCAGCCAAACAUUUGUGUUAUUUCCAGAAGAUGAAGCUGCAACUAAAUACUAUGUGAUGAAUGAUAUCUUUAGACUUGCACUCCAUCAUGGGUAGGAUGGGAAUAGAAUGCAGCAGAAAGAUCAUCUGGUUUGCUAAUAUAAACCUAGAAUAUUUUCGUGAAUUGUACUAGAAUUAUUGACUGAGAUGAAAAAGAUGGCUUUUUCCAACUACGAGUGCUUAUAAAAAAAGGGAAAAAAAUACUUAUAAUUUGUAAACCUUCACCUAAAACAAAAAGAAUUGCUGAAAAAUCUUUCCAAACUUGCUUCCUAGUAAUUGCCCUUCUCAAAAAGAACUUGGAUGUUAGGCUAACAUGAAAAUACGAAAGAAGCAAAUCACACUUUUUCUCUAUGGAAUUUGUGUAUUUCAGGGUUGUGCUGCUUCUUGAAAUCCUUGAAAAGUCCUGGAAUUGAAACACAUUUUCAAGUGCACUCGAAAAGCCCUUGAAAAUAGCAACAUUGUUACUUGAUGCUCCUGGAAUUCUCCUCGAAAUUGCAAAGUAUUUCGAUAGUAAACGCUCUUGUAGCUCCAAUAACGGCAAGGCGUUGGAAACUCAAGUGCUAUUUCCCAUUAUCAUGAGCCGUUAUUACUGAGAUUUAAUCUUUUAAAGUCAUUGUUAAAGUAACUCAUUAAAAUAAUGCGGGUUUUUUUUUUGUCUCUAUAAAUUGUUAAGAAAAAAAAUCACAAACAAAAUGUUCCUUGAAAAUCGUAAUUUUGGGCCUUGAAAAGUCCUUAAAGAGUCCUUGAUUUUUUUAUUUAUUAUUAUUAUUUUUUUGUUCUGAGAUGUAUCACGAACCAUGGAUAGCGAAAGAGUACAAUUUUUCAUUGCAGUCAAUAGUUCUAGUUACAAGUGGAAGUACUUCAUGGAAGGCUGCAUUUAAGAUCCUCACAUGUUAGAUGCUUGUUUUCUCUUGUUUUCUAUUGACUCAUUUUCUAAUGCAUUAUUGGUAAACUCCCAUGGAGUAUUAAUCCUGAUAGUCUAUUGGAAGUACUUUGUCUGUUUGUGUUUCAAGUAACUUGCACAUGAAUACUACAGCAUAACAUAAUUUCUUCUGUUUACAGUAUUUUUUUUAAAGAAAUAAGAUAUUUGAAAUUGUAAGCGAAGAUCAGGGUACUCUGGUAGAUGUAAUUCCUAUGUAAUAACCAAACAGAUUUAGUUAGAAAUAAAAGGCUUUGAAAGUGUUGGAAAAUCAUCAUUGGGCUACCUGUGUAAAUCUGACACAGCAAGCCCAAGCAUAAAAUUAAAAAUAGUUCACUUGAGUGACAAGGUAAAACAA